AUGGUGAACAUGGAUAUCGAAAAGGUCUCAUUUAGCACAGCCAGUAACAUCACUGAUGGCAAGGCAACUCCAGUCCCUGUUGUCGCUCGUCAAUCCUGGUUCAAGCGACUAGCUCUACGCUUAUUCCCAAAGACUCGAAGCGGCGCUGGUAUGAGCAAUUGUUUUGGUUCACAUAACAAUAGCUCAUCUCAAUCUCUUGCGAAUAAGCUAGUAACCUUGAAAGCCGCCCAAGAGAAGGUAUUAGCGACGCCUCCUGACCUUAUUGUCUUCCAGAAGUUUGAUGCUCCGGGAAAGUUUCCUAUAUUGGGUCACUAUGCAAUUCAAACAAAGGACGAAGCAUAUUAUUUGAUCAGAAAAGAAUUGAUUCAUCAAAGAUCGAGACCCUUAUUUGACAAGGUAUUUGGCAAGGGUUCAUUGAAGGACAUCAGUGCAUUUCCCGCAGCAAUCCUGCCCGACUUCGGUAACCUCCCUUUGGGGGUAUUUGUCGAGUGGACUUACGAUCGUGGCAUUAGAUCCAUGCAAAGUAUUGGAGAUCGAGAUCCCGACGAGGAAGAACUCUCUCCACUUGAGAAGAUUGCAUUUAUAGAUUACUUCACGAAAAUUCUUUUCUUUGCCAACAGAUACUCUCUCUAUGAAUUUCAAGAUGAUUUCCUCGAAUUAUUCAUCCAUUAUUUGAAAGACGAUACUUCACCAAUGGAUAUAGUCCAUAUUCGCCGGUUUCACAAGCAACUAUCGCAAGAUUCAAAGAUCCGUGUCUUCUUGGUUAAUUGGGUUGCUUUCAUCAUUCAAGAAAUCGAUGCUUCAGGAAAUUUGAAUAGAAGAGAUGCAGGAUUGCACUGUGCCCUCGCAUUUAACAAGAGAGAUACCCUUGUUGAGCUACUUCACUUGCUUGAGGGCGACAAGAUUCGACCGCCACAUGGAAAGUUUUCUGACCCUCGGUAUGCCCCAGGUUGUGUUUAUCACCACCACGGCAGUGGAGAAAAGUGUCCCCACAGAAUUUCUGCUGUCUCUUUUGUCGAAAAGUAUCUCGAUUAA